AUGAAUACCAAAGAUAAAAUUUCGAAUUUGGAUCUCGUUAGAAAUUUAGUUGAGAAUAUAGCACCUGGUUCAGCAUUUAGUGUGGUGUCACAUUGUGUAGAUCUAAAUGCUAAUAUUUCUACUGCUCAACUUGAAUCUUUGGUUCAAGAACACAUAGAAAAGUAUUCAUUUUUGGUUCCUUUAGUUAAUUUUACAACUGAAUCUCAAGGUUUGAUUUGGGGUCUUGUAUGGAAAGAUGCGAAAUUUCCCUUAACUAAAUUAGUCUCAAUUCCUAAUACUUCAUCUUUACUAUCGAAUUAUAACAGCAUAUCUAAUAACUUAACAUUACCAAAAUAUAUUGAUCCUACACUUGGUAUCGCAUUUACAAUUCAGCCAAGUGUAAUGGGAGUUGUAGAUAUUGAGAAAUUUGAAAUAAAACAAACUUCAAACUUAGCUAAAAUUAGGAUUGCUUUGGAUAGCAAAUUUGAAGAUCCAGUUGUAUGGAAUUUUAUAAACAAUCCAGGAAGUGACAAUUAUAUACCAUUAACAGGGGAAGACUAUUGCAAAUUCAAUGUUCCAGCAAGAAGAACAGUUGUUUUCGAUUCGGAAGUACUACCAAAAAUAUCUAAAGACAAUCUCCAGAGUUUAGUUAUUGUGCGUUCUGCAAUGAAUUUGAAAUUAAGUUCAUUAAAAAGUGGAUCUUGGCAUAGUGAAUGGGUGAUAAGCUUUCCAAGUGAUGAGUCUCAGGGAUUAAACUGGAUUGGGAAAAUUUUUAUCCAUAGUUUUUGUGGAGAACAGGGGAAUUCUCAUUUAGUUUAUUCAAGAGAAAAUAUAUACAUCAAACUUGAACAAAACUUUAAAAAAUUAAACUUCUCUGAUGAGGACUUAAAAAAUUUUGUUGAAGAAUCUGUAUCAAAAAUAAAUGAAGCUGAAAAUAAUUUCCACAUAUCUCUGAAAUUAGAAGUAAAUAAGUUUCGUGAUGAAAGCCUAACAAAACUUCGAAGAAUUGUUCCUGUAAAUAAAGUACCAUUUGAUUGGACGAAGUUCUACACAUCUAUUAAAGAUCCACUUUCAGAUGUUAUUUCAAUUUCUACAUCAUUUAACAAGUAG